CCAUUUUGUGAAGAGACGAGGACUGAGUGGUGUGGCCGCGUUGUCGACCUCGAGCAGCAGUUGGCUUCUCCACGUAGAACUCGGGAGUAGGAGAUUCAGAAUCGAAUCUCUUCUCCCUUCCCCCUCCUGGGCAGCAAGGCGAACCCCAUCCCUACUCACUGGAGCUCAGCUUUGAUUUUUAACCUCCCUUCCCCACCCUUCCAGAACACACACAUUCCCAUUCCAAAAUUGAUUUUAUAAAGAGAUUUUAAACAUAAUGAUGCAACUUGGUGUGCACUACGGCAAAUUUACAGGUGUUUUUUUUUCAAUUGUUUCCAAAAACGGGACUUGGAUUUAAGAUGUAAUUUUUAAAAUUUCUAUUCUAUUUUUUCUGCAGCAGUUGGGUUAGAGGAGGAGGAGCCUUUUAGCCUCUCAUAAACUGACCUCUCUACUUCCUCGUGUAUUUUUAAGAUUGAUUGAUGAUGUGGAAAGGGCUUUGCUUGUCUGCUACUGAGAACUUUACCCUUGCGGUUUUUGUGGAAACUGCUUUUGGAAAAAGAAAAGAAAUGAACUUUACUGACUUGACAUUUUUGCACCUCCCGUUUUUCUAAUCUGGGCUAUUUUUAUUUUUGUUUUUUUACAGUGAGAUUUUUUUGAUCUUCAGCUACAUUUUUCAGCUUUGUGAGGAACCUUAUCAUCAAAGAAAAUGGCCAGCAAUGUUACCAACAAGACAGAUCCUCGCUCCAUGAACUCCCGUGUAUUCAUUGGGAAUCUCAAUACUCUUGUGGUCAAGAAAUCUGAUGUGGAGGCGAUCUUCUCAAAAUACGGCAAAAUUGUUGGUUGCUCUGUCCAUAAGGGCUUUGCCUUCGUUCAGUAUGUUAAUGAGAGAAAUGCCCGGGCUGCUGUGGCAGGAGAGGAUGGCAGAAUGAUUGCUGGCCAGGUUUUAGAUAUUAAUCUGGCCGCAGAGCCAAAAGUGAACCGAGGAAAAGCAGGUGUGAAACGAUCUGCAGCGGAGAUGUACGGGUCAGUACCAGAACACCCUUCUCCGUCCCCUCUACUCAGCUCCUCUUUUGACUUGGACUAUGACUUUCAACGAGAUUAUUAUGACAGGAUGUAUAGUUACCCAGCACGUGUUCCUCCUCCUCCUCCUAUUGCUCGGGCUGUAGUUCCUUCAAAACGCCAGCGUGUAUCAGGAAACACCUCACGAAGGGGCAAAAGUGGCUUCAAUUCUAAGAGUGGACAGCGAGGAUCUUCUUCCAAGUCUGGAAAAUUAAAAGGCGAUGACCUUCAGACCAUUAAGAAGGAGUUGACCCAGAUAAAACAAAAAGUGGAUUCUCUACUGGAAAGCCUGGAAAAAAUUGAGAAAGAACAGAGCAAACAAGGAGUAGAGAUGAAGAAUGAUAAGUCAGAAGAGGAGCAGAGCAGCAGCUCCCUGAAGAAAGAUGAGACUAAUGUGAAGAUGGAGUCUGAGGGGGGUGCAGAUGACUCUGCUGAGGAGGGGGACCUACUGGAUGAUGAUGAUAAUGAAGAUCGGGGGGAUGACCAGCUGGAGUUGAUCAAGGAUGAUGAAAAAGAGGCUGAGGAAGGAGAGGAUGACAGAGACAGCGCCAAUGGCGAGGAUGACUCUUAAGCACAUAGUGGGGUUUAGAAAUGUUGUCCCAUUAUUUCUUUACCUAGGCGCUUGUCUAAGAUCAAAAUUUUCACCAGAUCCUCUCCCCUAGUAUCUUCAGCACAUGCUCACUGUUCUCCCCCUUCCUUGUCCUUCCCAUGUUCAUUAAUUCAUAUUGCCCUGCGCCUAGUCCCAUUUUCACUUCCUUUGACGCUCCUAGUAGUUAUGUUAAGUCUUACCCUGUAAUUUUUGCUUUUAAUUUUGAUACCUCUUUAUGACUUAACAAUAAAAAGGAUGUGUGGUUUUUAUCAGCUGUCUCCAAAAUAAUCUCUUGUUAUGCAGGGAGUACAGUUCUUUCCAUUCAUUCAUACAUGAGCUCCAGUAGUUGCUUCCCUAACUGCAGAGGCAAUCGCAUUAGUUGAGUAGCACCUGAGAGCAGCUUUGAGUUAGAGGUAUGUGUGUUAUACCCCACAUAAGAGUGCUAUGUGGGGCUGUUCAACACAAAUGUAACAUGUAUUUUUGUGAAUGAGAGUUGGCAUGUCAAAUGCAUCCUCUAGAAAAAAUAGUGUAAUAGUCUUAAGAUUUGUUUUCUAAAGUUGAUACUGUGGGUUAUUUUUGUGAACAGCCUGAUGUUUGGGACCCUUUUUUCUCAAAAUAAACAAGUCCUUAUUAAACCAGGAAUUUGGAGAAAAAAAAAAACCUGGUUUUUUAUUUUUGUAUUUUAUAAUUGUUUACUUUAAAUUCUUUGUUUUGCAGCGGCCUCCACAAAAACCCUAGAAUGUACUAGAUAUAUUUUUCUUUGAGUCAUAGUCAUCACUCAUACCAACAUACACUACUCAAAUGAUGUGUCAUUGGGGUGGGUAUUGCAUUAAGGAGACAGUAACUUUGAUGUGGAGUGGAGAUUCUUGCGCAGAAUAGCUUUUUUUAUCCUAAUGAAAAGGUUUGGGAA